AUGGCUUGCAUUAAAAGAUUUCUUUCUUCUCUUACAGUAGAUGCCACUACUCAGGUACCCACUAAUACGACAGGAACUAACUCUUCCACAGCUCCCCUGAUGACAACAAAAUUACCCGUUACGACAGCACCCCCAGCUACAACAGAAGCACCUCUGCCCUGUGCAAAUAAACCAUGCAAUGGCAGUGCUAAGUGUAUUAACCUAUAUCAAGAUUAUACGUGCCAGUGCCCAUACGGAUACUACUACACAACAUCAGGAUGUCAGGAAGGAAAAGUAUUCCCUGGACAGUUUACAGUGAAUGUAACGUAUUCCGACAGGAUGGCAAAUGAAAGCUCUUCAGAGUAUGAUAAAUUAUACAAGAUCGUCACAGAUUUUUUCAAAACAACUUUCAAAUCUCAGACAGACUAUGAAGAGACGAUAAUUGUGAAUAUAAAACAAAGUUCAGCAAAAUCUAAAAUACAGAAUAAAGCGGGGACCAGUGGAACUAGUGUGACAGUAAGGAACAUGUUUAAAGUGACCACACAAUUAAACUCUAGCGAAGUUACUAAACUCAUAGAAGAUGCAAUGAAAGUCGAUUCCAAUUUCAAUAGUGAUAGCUAUGAAGCACUUUCACAAUGUGCCAUUUAUGGCUGUGAUGAGGCAACUACUACUUGCCAGGACACUGAUGGAGUAACGUGUGAAUGUAAAUCAGGAUUUUCUAAGAAGGACCCAGAAGACAAAAGCUGUUCAGGUUGUGAUAACACAUGUUCUGAAGAAAAGCACAUGCAUUGUGUUAUAGAUAGUAACAAUGUCCCAGUUUGCCAGUGUCUUCCUAAUUUCCAAAAAAAAGAUGGAAACUGCGUGGAGUGUGAUGUGGGCUACUCUGGAGUAAACUGUAGCAACAAUUCCUUGUUGAUCCUUAUCAUUGUGGCUGCCCUGUGUGGGGCUCUUAUCCUGGGCUUAAUUGUAGGACUCAUUUUCACUUCACUGAGAGCAAAUAAAAGGCAAAGAAAUCCAGAGAAGAGGCAUUUGCUGACAGAGGACUAUUUAAAUAAAAGAGACACACUUGAACAUGUUUCUGCCAUCAACUCUGCUGCAAAUGACAAAAUCUUUCCCAUAAUCCGGACUAGCAAUGCUGCUCAAGUGAACCGAGGGUUUGAGAUGAGCAGCCCUUAUGAGAUGACACCACCAACGAGACUUCCUGAGAGGGAUUAUGAUGAGGAGGAGUAUGAAAUAUCACCAAAGGGGGAUGGCUUCAGACUGCAGCGUAGAUACUGACUUUAAGCAGAACAAAAGAUCGGCAGCUUGAAGAGAUAUGACAGCCAUGACAACAGACCACGGUAGAUGGGUUCUGUGAUUUCAUAAUCUGGCAGAGGAUUUCGGUUGGGUGGCAAUUAGAAUGCUUAAAAUGACUACAAAUUCCGCAGACGACUUUUUAAAUGAAGACAACAAUCUGAAGGAGACCGCUGUGUAACUAAUCUGCUUAAAAUAAGUGAAAAUUAAAAUGGGGACGAGAUGUAUUUAAGGAUCCUAUGGGCUUGUCCAUCACAGAUUUUGUCUGCACAAGGUUUUUUCAGGAAGCCUGCCACCAAUGCAGCUCUAGCAGUGGCAGCAGUGGUGGGAGAGCUAGCAUGUACAGGGCACCAGCAUUUUAACCACCGUUUUUGUCUAACCCUGUUCAGAGAAGGUCCAGAUGAUGACAGCCAUCUGAGCUGGACUGCACCACAACUCUUGCCAUUGCUACCAUGGGCAAAGAUGUGUUAACAUCAUGGAAAACUGCCACACACAAAAAGUAGUGUAAGUCCACGGAGCAGUUUCCCAGAUUUCAUGCUGCUUUGGGUUCCAAAUAGGUAGCGCUGUGUUGGGAACAGUCUAACUGACGAGCUCCAUUCUCAGCUGGAGCCCCCAAGUGUUACUAUAAAACAAACAAUAAAAGAUCUGGUUUCAGCUUCCAGCUCUUGCUUGCCACAGCCCCUUCAGUUCCGUGAGACCCAGAUCGAGGCCAGAGUCUGGUGUCCAGAGCAAGGGCUUUAGUUUGAAUCCAUUUACACUUCCCUACCUCUUACAAUG